AAGGAGCGUCGGUUUGACGCGAUCUCCCUCUAUGUCCAGAUGAUUUAUGGUGUUUGGUCGACAACGCAUUUCGCUGCCGCGGUGUCUUGCAGCUGCCAACACUUAGUGCUGAUUCUGGUCCGGUGAAAUCCAACAUUUGUCACAUUCCGAAAGCCAUUACAGUCCAUUAGAGGAUGAAGCCGUGUGUGUGUGUGUGUGACUUGGAAGAGAGGAUCAUCAUUUUGGAUCCAAUUCACUUAACAUUGGAGAGCUUCAUUCUUUUAACACCUCCCCAAAAAGACACAAGAAAAGUUUUUCUCUUCAACUGAUUUAAGAUUUUCUUUAUUCUAGUUCAUCCUCGCGAGUCUGAGCAAACAUUCAUUUUACGUUAACUAACAAUGUUACGUCGUCUGCAUCAAUACAGCUCUGCUGCUAAACCAGGCGUUUAUUCAGCUGGGUUGCAUCAAAAUCCAUGAAUAAAUUCGUCAUUCUGUUUUCGCCAAAAAUGUUACAUGAAACAGCGCCACCUGCUGUUGAGUUGAUCACGGUGCAGUCACGUUUCCAACACGGAACUAUUGUCAUCUGAUUUUAGUUCACACCGGAAUUAUAUUUCUGUGCACCCGCAGCAGGCAUGUCGUCCUUCAAAACCUGCUGUUUUUAAACUACAUUGCUAUUCUGUAUGUGUCAUACUUAGCUGUUUGAUUUAUUGACUCUAAAAGUUUUCCAGAAAAUGGCUACAACGAAGAUGUGUCAACUCGUCCGGCGGGGCUUCACAUCGACUGCAGCUGCUGCACACCUGACAUUGGCAGAGGCCCGCAGUUAUCGUAGUUCCAUAUUCGCCAGAGAGCAGGCGCGGCAGCGAGCUCUCUAUCCCCGGAUCGAGAAGAUCGAGGUGUCAGUGCAGGGUCCAGGUUUGGACGGAACUCUUCUUAUCGUGAAUAAAGGGAUGUCCACUCCGCUCAGCUGUGCCAAGCACUUGACAGAGUAUCAUGUGACCAACUCGGCUAUGGCUCUGGUAGACGGUGAACCGUGGCCCCUCCAUCGACCCCUCACUCAAACAUGUACUCUCUCUCUGCUCACGUUUAAAGACGACAACCCGACGCUUGUCAACGAGGCCUAUUGGCGGUCUUGUGCUGCCCUCUUGGGCCAAGUGCUGGAAACUGCAUUCAAGGACAAUUACCAUGUGGAGCUACUCCCGACACCAGAGGUCCCAGUUACAUCGGGAGCCUUCUGCUGUGACAUAGUACUGGAUCCUCAGUUGGACUCCUGGGACCCGUCUGAGGAGUCCCUGCGCUCGCUCACUGCUGCGGCCCAGAAGCUGAUCCACCAGAACCUGCCGUGGGAACCGCUGGAGGUGGCGCCCUCUGUGGCCCUGGAGGUUUUUGCACACAGCAGGUGUAAACAGCAGGAGGUUGAACAGAAGGCAGCCAACAGCCCCAAAGGCAGUGUGAUGCUUUACAGAUGUGGUGACCACGUGCUCCUGGCAGGGGGUCCUCUAGUGGCCAGAACUGGUCUGUGCUGUCAGUACGAAGUGACAGCACUGCACCGGUUGGAGCCGGGGCCCUGGGGCCGUGCACGGCGGGUCCAGGGGCUCUCGCUGCCUCUGCAGCUGCAGGCUCAUCACACCGUCUGGAGGAAGCUGAGGCAGCGCGCCCACAACCUGGUGAAGGUGGACGGUUCUGAAGAAGCAAGUGUUUCUGCUGACAGCGCUCCACUGCCGUCCAGCCUGUAACCCUCCACACAGACACUCGCACCCACACCACUGUAUCAUUGCUUGAAUAAAUACAUAAAAGUUGGCGACAUUCUUCUGCUGUUUGAAAGAUUCCUCUGCAGCAGUUGGGUGUAAUUAACGGGUCUGUGAGGAGUGAGAGCUGAACUGUGAGUGUGUGUCAGUGUGUCAGCAGUUUACUCAACAACAGAGAGUGUUUUGGCUGAAGGUCAGGCGGCCGAGCAGCUGUCGUGUGUCUCACUUGUCGGACAGGUGGUCCUCAGCCAGACCCCCACCCCUUCAUCCCUCCUGGUGUGUGUUCACAGGCCAGCGUGAAGAACUCUCUGUGCUGAGCGAGGAGCCUCAACUUUCUCCCCAAAAUCAAGUCACGACGAAACACCGCAGCAUCAGACGUGUGCCGUGCGUUGGACCCACCUCCUCAGGGUCCAGUGCCUUCCCAAAGUCAGAGACCUUAGUAGCUUGAAGUAGCAGAUUUCACCCCGACAAACUUCCCAACUAGAAGCGUGGUCUUUAAAAGGCGUCUUGGGAGUGUAAAUAUUGGUUUUUUUUUUCUUAUCAUUGAACUCUGAUUCAUUUCCUGCUCAAGUAUCAUCAAGGCAUUUUUAAUUUCCCAAAAUACUAGAUGAGGAAUCUUGGGAAAUUAAGUGGAGAUUGCCAAUUAAUGCUGCAGCCAUAAAUCUGCUUCUUAAUCUUCAAAGUGACAUUUCAGCCUAAAGUUUUCUCUGAACUCUCCGUUUUUUUAGACAGUAGAAAGGCUAAAUUGUUUCACACAACAGAUGAAGAGGAAGUCGCCCGCAGGAUCCGUCUUAGGCCCUUUAGUCUUUGAUACAAGUACAAGUUGCUCCCACUGCCAUGAGGGUUUCAACGCUCCUCUGGAAUCUUCGUCUCUUUCUCACAUCCCCAUGUUUUGGUCAGAAAUGACGGUUUGUCUGACUCACUCUCUGCCCCCGUCGGAGUCGACAUUUAGUCAUCAAACACCGAAACGUCGGCAGCUGUUUGUCCCACUCCCCCCCCU